AUGGGGAAGCAUAACAUAGCAAAGUCUAUUUCCAUAGGUUCUCCCAACAUCUCCUCAUCCUCAAUAGAUAUUUCUGGAAUAGUUUAUGAAUUUUCAAUUUUUGCUUUAAAUUUCUCCAUUAAAUCUACAGGUAGAAUACCAUCAAACAUAUCUACUGAAAUUUCAUUUUCACUUAAUCAUUCUGUUUUACCUGUUGUAUUAGUAUGUUGGUAUGAUUAUUGUUCUAAAAAACAUCCUCUAAAAUAUGGAUGCCCUCAUGAAAUUAGUAAAUCAUUAUGA